AUGUUGGGACAGAGGCAUGUGGAAACCAGCAAUCCAGUUUCACAUCCACAUCUACCAGACGGUUUGAUGGACAGUGAGAAAACCGGAGCUGCCCUGUUGCUGUCCGGAGUCUUACUGGUGAUGGUGGGUGUCACCUUCACGGCCCUGGGCUGGCAUUACUACCAAGCUCUUCUCAGCUUUCAGUGGACCCAACUUCUGGGCCCCAUCCUGAUCUCCGUCGGAAGUACCUUCAUGCUCUCCAGCGUCUGCGGGUUUAAUUUGGCGUCCUGUUGGCCUCGCAGGCGACAGGAGGAAGAGAAAUAUGUUGUUCCUGUGCGGGAACGAAACUCAAGAGGUCACCCAGUAGGGGUUCAUUCCACACAUCCGCCGGUGUUGUUACAGGGCACCACGACACAGCUGUGUAUUCCACCUGCUUAUGACUUCGUGACCCAGGAAGCACAACCACAAGACGAUCCUCGGCCCGGAAGCUCUGUGAGUGGCGGCAACGUAAACCUUCUGCCUGCGUACGAAUCUCUGUGCCGCUUGAACGACGUUCGGCAGAAGACCGUACACCGAACACCGCACAGCGCAGAGGCAGGUCGCAGAAGCAGGUCGCAGAAAACUGAGCACCGAAGACGGAAAGCGAAAGGGAACGGGUCCACCUGUUCUAAACAACCACCUGCCUACGAAGACAUUCACCCUUUGACUCCCAAACACGAUUCGGCUUAA